UAUCAAGAGCAUGUCGAUAUCUACUUAUCAGUAACAAUACUGAUAAGUAGAUAUAGUAAAUUUUACCACAUGCACAAGCACUGUAUCUCUCUUGUACCAAUUUUUUGUUGCCACGUUCUACUCAAUUUAAACCAUAGAAAUGUUCAUCCAGUUCAACAAAAAACUUAUAGUUAUAUUGUUUUUGUUCGCAGCCAUAAUCUAUUAUUUGAUGUAUUUCUUUCAACUCAAGACUCCUGACAAUGACAAUCCAACUGGUCACCAGUGCUACCACCAACACUCCGAAUCUCUACCCUCCAUACAAGAUUCAAGACCCAAAGACAAGUCCAUCUUCUUUCACGAGACAUCCUGCAAGUCUGCCCAAAGCGGAAAAAUCGUCAUUACCGCACGCGAAGCCUGCGCUGUGGAAUCAGCUGCCAAGCUGCACCCGAACUACGAAACCUACUUACUUUACGUAUCACCCGGUAUAAUUAAGAACGAAGGGACCGAAUCAGAUCGCUUUUUACAAGCCCUAUUGUCGUACGACAACGUAAGAAUCCGCCAUCUCGAUUUAGGAAACUACGUCGAAGACACCCCUGUGGAGUCCCUUUGGAAAAGGGGGACUCUAGAAAGGUCCUACCACGUUACGUCGCACACCAGCGAUCUUCUAAGAUAUCUCACUCUGUGGAAGUACGGCGGCCUCUACCUCGAUUUAGACGUCGUGGUGAUCAAACCCCUUGACACUCUCCCCCCUAACUACGCCGGCGUCGAAUCCGACUCUCUGGUGGCCGCAGGUGUCAUCAAUUUGGAGUCCGCGGGUCUCGGACACGUCCUGGCCACCUACUGUUUGAAAGAUCUAAGGGAGAACUUCAACGGAACGGAGUGGAUCCGAAACGGGCCUGGGGUUAUCACUCGAUUGGCUAAAAACAUCUGCGCUAGUGAGAAUGUGAGGAAUUUCAUUGGGCGGGAUUGUGCGGGAGGUUUUAAAAUUUAUCCGAGUGAAGCGUUUUACCCCGUGCCAUGGUACAACUGGACUAUGUACUUUAUGGAAGAGUACGUAAGGGACGUGGAGGUGAUGACGGAGGAUAGUUUUGUGGUGCACGUGUGGAAUAAGCUUAGUUUUGAGAGGAAGGUUCCGGUGGGGGCCAAAGUUCCGUAUGUUUUGUUUGCGCAGAAGUUUUGUCCGAAAGUGUAUCAGGAGUGUGAAAGGUAUUUCUGAUUUGUGUCUUCACGGAGACUUUGAACGGGUAUUUAUUUAGCCAAGAAAGUGUAAAUUUUUAUCGUUGCUGUCACACAAUAAAGAUAUUUCAUUUUUA